AUGGGAACAUUUGGUGGACAUGCAUUACCUGGCAGUUUCUUUAUCCUCUAUGGACUAUGGUCAAUUUGGCAUAUUUUAGAAACAUACUAUAGAAGAAAGCUUUAUGAAUUAAAUAAAUGCAAUGAAUUUGUGCCUGAAUUCACUAACAGGAUAUCAUACCCACUUAACAGGCAAAAGUCUAAUGAUUAUCGGGGUUGUUGUAAAAAGUCGAUACCAUUUGAUUCACUUGCAAAGUUUAUUUGUUGUAUUGGUGGCAUAACAGGUGAAGUGAUUACUGGAUUUAACAGUGAUUGGGUAUUUGUUCAUAUCGGUAAUAUUCAACAUUCAAGCAUGUUUUCAUUGUUUGGAUUAAGUGGACUUAUUGAAGUGUUUGUGUUCUAUGGAAUCUUGAAAAUUCCAAGGGAAUCAGAAUACCUAUUCAAUAUGAUAGCUCUAUUGGGAGAAUUCUUCUUGUUCAUGUUCCACUUACAUGGAAGAAGUCCAUUAGAUAUUUACCUUCACUUACUUCUAGCUGGAAUGAUUGUAUUAGCUGUUGGAAUAUCAUUGGCAGAAUUAAUGGCACCUCGUGAACCUGUCUAUGGUUUAAUGCGUUGUUGGACUUAUCUUAUGCAAGGGACCUGGUUUUGGCAAGUCGGUGCUAUUUUGUACCCCAAAUUCUCAUGGAUGCCAACAUGGAAUGAAAAUGCUAUAGAGAGUUUACCCGCAGCGGCAAACUUAUUCGCUUACCAUAUGUUAGCAAACUUGUUUGCAAUCAUUGUGAUAGUCUUCAUAGUGAUGAUUCGUUGUAAAGUUGGAAUAAUCAGUGAGGAGAAAAUGAAAACUCGUUUAUUGACUGCAGCUACAGCAACGAUCAGAAAAGAGUAUCAAGAGAGAAAUUCUCAACAACAGACACAAUCACAACAAAAGUUCAUCGCUGAUAAUGAUUCUGAAGAGAUUGAAAUGUGGAAUUAUCAUAGAAGUGAUAUUAGUAGUAACAAAGGUCAGAGAGAUUCGUAA